GCGCAGGACAUCUUACAAUGUGCAAUUGAUUACGCAACCACAAGGACGUGCUCAUAAUCUGAUGGAACGGCAUCUCCAUCACAAUUUGCAAAGUAAUCAGACGCGCAAUCAACACCUUUAUGUGAUUUCCAAGGGACCGAAGCAUAGACAACAAAUUUCGAGUGUUUGCUGAGAAUUUCUUAACAGAAAAAUCCAAUGGUCUGAUCCGGAGUUUGAACCCAAGUCCUCGGAAUUUCCAUUUUUAUAAGCUAUUUACUACAUCAACGAUUAAAACCCGAAUAUACAACGAUGUCGGGCCAAAUAAAAGCGUUCCCAGUGGAGAAGGAGUAUGGGAAGAAUCCUGACAUUUCUCGAGAGGACAUCAAUAAGUUACGAGAAUGGCUGAAGACGCAACCACAUUUACCAGAAGAAUACAUAACAGAUUUGGAUCUGGUACUGAUUUACUUCUGUUGUGAAAAGAGCGCUGAAGUCUCUAAGCAAGUUCUGGAUCUCCAUUUCACGCUCCGAACUCUCCUCACCAUUUGGUUCAAGGAUAGAGAAGUGGACAAGAAGAUCAUCAACGCUCUGAACACUGUCCUGAUAACACCGCUUCCAGCACCCACAGUCAACGGUUACAAAGCCAUGUAUUGUCGACUGAUAGAUGAUGACCCCAAACGUUAUAUGUUUGCUGAUAUCAUCCGCGCGUUCAUGAUGGUCUUCGAUCUUUUGCAGUACGAGGAAGGAACUUGGCCAGGUUUUGUUCUAUUGAUAGACAUGGAUCUUGCGAGUGUGGGCCACUUAGCCAAGAUAGAUAUAUCAUUAUUGAAACAGGUCCUGUUCUUCCACCAGGAAUGUAUGUUAGUUAAGUUAAAAGAAUUGCAUUUCUUAAACGCCCCGUACUUCAUGGACAAGGUGAUGACGAUGCUGAAACCAUUCAUGAAGAAGAGUUUAAUGGACAUCAUCAAGGUACACGAAAGAGGUUCUGAGUCCCUCUACAAAUAUGUCCAGAAGAAUUCGUUCCCAAAAGAGUCUGGAGGGAACUAUAAAGACAACAUAACUUUAAGAGACGAGAUCAUAAGCCGUUUAGAAAAUAACAAACAAUAUUUCACGGACGAAAGCCGGAGGCGUGUGAACGAAUCUUUGCGUCCAAGUGGCAAGAAAACUAUCGAAGGCUUAUUCGGAAUCGAGGGCAGCUUUAAGAAAUUAGAUAUAGACUGAGCAUUCGAGGGCAAUCAUGAUUUUUUAGUUAUAAAUGAAAUGGUCUUUGUAAUUCGAAAACUUAUAUAUAAGAGUUCGUUGUAAUUUAUAUUAUUACAGUCUACCAGAUGUUUUUUUUUUGUAAAUAUUUUUGUUGUUCUUUUUGUUAUAUUUUAAACACGUGUGCUGGUGCAUGUAUUCUCAUAUCGGUAAGGUCGUAAAUAAAAUAAAUUAGCUAAUUA